UUAUUGUAGCGCUGUGAUUCUAUUUGUUUUUCUUCCCAGAUCUUCGUGGGCACAAGGCUAUUGUAGACACCAGUCGCACCGGCUGGACAGAUUACCGUUAUGGGGUGCACUAAAUCUACUCACGUAUCUUAAGCACUCCACUUUAAACGUUGCUAUGGUUACAAAGACUCCACAUUUGUGGAAGGAUUUCGUUCUGUUGGUACAGAGAGUAGGCGCCGUUUUUUAUCAGUGGUCUCAAAACAACUAGAGUCAACAUAGCUUCCACCGCACCUGGCCACACAACAUUUAUCCCCAUCAUGACACUCAAUAAUUACAGCCCACCAGACCACCUAUUUUGAUUCCACAAGAAAAUAGAGAUAUUGAUUCAUCGAAAAAAAUGUUUCAUAAAAGGGCUUGUGUGAUUCAAUAUGUAAUUUUUGAAUCAAGUUAUUCCCAGAUCUUGUUACACACAAUACUCAGAGUCAGAGUGCAGGACUUGGGCUCGCUUGAUUAGGUUAUCUCAAAAGCGAGUGGUACAAAAGAACCUCGUUGUUCGGCUAUGGGCUACACUAACCCUUCAUCAUCAACUACUCAGUACGCGACCCCAAGUAAUUACCUGGUUCCCAAAACAGCCCUUAACUACAUUAAGGAGGAGUGCUUUAACCAUGGAGACCACAGGAAACAGUAACAGUUUUUGUCAGAGUUAAAUGGGGAAUGGUGGAUAUUGAGGGCUGUGAAGUGGAUAUUUUCUGUGCAUCAGGAAAGCGUGUUGCUACAAGCAGGCUUGGUGCAUUCGGAAGUUGUAACGGUUUGAUCUUUUCUUAGUUACCAUGGCGACGAAGGUCCGGUUUUGGGACAAGCCAUCCUCCGUCAAGAAGAGGACAUCUACGUCACUUGGCAUCCUGACAAAGCGACCAAUCAGAAGAACAGACAGUGAGUCAUACCUUGACCAAUACAUCCGCACGUACUACAAGAGCAAACUUGAGAUCCCCUGUAGCGCGAUUUUAAGUGUUCGACAAAGCGUGGCCGAUGUUUUGGGGGCUUUGAGUCCACUUGUACAAGAAAACGAGUACAGCAUGACUGUAGGGGACUUCGUGUGUGUCGGAAGCGGAUACGACGGAAUGAAAAACGGCAUCCCCGACGAAUUCGACGUCGUCGUGCCUUUUCGACUCGGCCCGAAGUGUUCCGAGACCCGCCGACCGGCGACGGACUACGUGUGCGUGCGAUCUCGGAGAGGUUCGAAGAACGCGGGAAAGGACACAUGGUCGGGAUGUCGGACGGGGGAGGGAUACAUUUCACCCAUCAAAGUAACAAAGCGGCUACAGAAAAUAGUUCUAAAGGCGCUGGAAGAAACGGGACUGCCGAAUGUGAUCAUUCACCCAGAUUGUCGUAACGCGCUCGGGGGAGAGAGAGUCGGCGUUCGGCUGAGUACGGAAGACGGUGUGACAAUUCGUCUGCUUCCCGCCUUAGGCACAGUGGACCAGCUGGAACCGUUUCUGGUGGCCAUAUCGUACCGAGACGACCCGGACUACACUCUAUCCGACUACUACUGGAGAAGAUGCUACUGCGUAGAGGAAGGGAAAGUCGUCAGAUAUUUGUCACAAGCCGACGACGGCCGAAGGAUAAAAGUACUUCAAGUCAUGAAACACGCUUUCCGCAAAGACGCGAUGUUGCGCCACCUGUCGGAUUACGUCAUGAAGACAGUUCUGAUGCACAUGUUUGACCAGCACAUUGACGAAGACGACUGGCACGCCUACAGUUUCGCCGCGUGUUUCAUGGAGAUGCUACGGCUGCUGCACGGAUACAUGAAGAGACAGAACCUACCCCAUUUCUACAUGGAUGACGUCAACGUGCUGAGGGACGUGCCCGCGCCCAGACUAGCCAGCAUGACCGGCAAGGUGGAGAGCCUCCUAGCGAGCGAACAGGAAAGGACACGUUUGCUGAGAUCCCAGUUUCCUGUCACUAUGUCUCUUUAGACGUUGGGCAACAAGUGAAACUGAUAUAGAUAGACAGAUAGAUAGAUAAAUAUAUAGAUUGAUAGAUAGAUAGAGAGAGAGGGGAGACAGAGAGAGAGAGACAGAGAUGUAUUGUAGCAAUAGGACACGAUGGGAUAUGAAAUGUGCAAAUGCUACAGGACCGCUAAUAUGCGUCAGAAAUCACGACAUGUUCCUGUUUGCCUAACAAGAAAGGAAAUAUUAAUAGUUAUGUUAAGUUAUUUUUACACUUUUGUAUUAUAAAAGAUACAGAAAAUUUAUUUUGCACAUAUAUAGUUUGUACAGCACAAAUUAAGAAGUACAGAUUAAG